AGCUCUGAGUGGAACGACGCAUGCGCAUUCGUCGAUUCUGGCACUUAGAAUUUGCGCUCGUUCGGCCGGCCUCAUGUAAUCUUGUCUUGAACAAACGGUGGUAAUACGUAGGCAAAAUGAGUGUCGAAAACCCAGUUAGCGACAACGAUGGUGAUUCAGGGAAGGUAAACGGCAGUAAAAAUGAACACGUGAACGGUGUUCAUAACGGGUACAGCAGCAGCUCUGAUAAGCACAAGUCGAGCCAUAAGUCAUCCAGCAAGGACAAGCACCGCGACAAGGACCGCGACCACAAGAGCUCCAAGCAUAGCAGUAGCUCGAGCAGAGAUAAAGAUAAACACUCCAGCAGUAAAAGUCACAGCAGCUCCCAUAAAUCGUCAAGCAAAGACAAAGAGAGAAGUGAAAAAGACCACAAGGAUCGGAGUGAUAAGAAAGAACGCAGUGAUAGAGAUCAUAAGGACAGAGACAAACAUCGUAGUGACAAGGAAAAGCACAGAGAUAGAGAGAGGAGUGACAAAGAGAGAAGUGAUCGGGACAAGGAUAGACACAAAAGUAGUGGGGAUGAAAAGAAAUCAUCAUCCUCCAAGGAUAAGGAAAGAGACCGUGAUCAUAAGGUUUCAUCAUCUUCCAAGGAUAAAGAUCACAAAAAGGACAGAGACAGGGAGCGUGACAAGGAUCGUCACAAGAGUGACAAGGACAAGCACCGAAGUGACAAGGAUAAGCACUCUAGCUCAAAGGAUAAGCACAGCAAAAGUAAGGAAAAAGCUGAAAAUGAGAAGAUCAAGGUAGAGACUGAUCCUCUGGAGGACUCUCAAAUCAAACAAGAAGAGCCCAUGCAGGUGGAUGAAGUUCCUGUGAAGAAAGAAGAAGACAGUGAUGAUGGUUUUACUGGCGCAAACACUACAGCGUCCUCUUGCGACUACUCCUUAUCUCAGUUUAAAGACGAGCCACUCGCCGAUUUACCGGAUGACGAAAGUGAAGAAGAAAAACCAUUGUUGGAACGUAAACGUCGCGUCGCCAGUGAGAGUGAAGAAGAUAUACCACUCAUCAAACGCAAGAAAAUAAAGAAGAAAGUGAAAAAAGAAUCUGACUAUGAUGAUGAAGAAGAGGAAGAACCCAAAAAAAAGAAAAAGAAGAAGGAAAAACCAAAGCCAACUCAGGUGAAGUCGGAACCUACAACAACAAGUGGCCCCAGCCCCAACAAGAAGAGGAAGAAACAAGAGGAUGAACAAGAAGUCUGGAAAUGGUGGGAAGAAGAAAAGAAAGAUGAUGGCACAAAAUGGACUUUUCUGGAACAUAAAGGACCUGUUUUUGCUCCCGAAUAUGAACCGUUGCCUGAAAACGUUAAAUUCCGUUACGACGGUAAAGUGAUGAGAUUAUCCCAAGACGCUGAAGAAGUGGCUGGAUUCUACGCACGCAUGUUGGAGCACGAUUAUACCACAAAGCCAGUUUUCAAUAACAAUUUCUUCACUGACUGGCGGAAGGUAAUGACAUCUGAAGAAACAAAAAUAAUCAAAGACCUAUCAAAAUGUGAUUUCAAAGAAAUGGCAGCCUACUUCCAAAGUGUUUCAGAAAAAAAUAAAAAUCGUACUAAAGAGGAAAAAGCAGAAAUAAAAGCUAAAAAUGAAGAAAUACAAAAGGAAUAUGGUUUCUGUACUAUUGAUGGACAUAAGGAAAAGAUUGGUAACUUUAGAAUUGAGCCUCCUGGUUUGUUUAGAGGUAGAGGUGAACAUCCUAAAAUGGGUAUGCUUAAAAGACGUGUUAUGCCAGAAGAUGUUUUGAUUAACUGUUCAAAAGAUAGCAAAAUUCCUAAACCACCUCCAGGUCAUAAAUGGAAAGAAGUAAGACAUGAUAACACAGUGACUUGGUUAGCUUCUUGGACUGAAAAUGUCCAAGGGCAAUCUAAAUAUGUCAUGUUAAACCCAAGUUCUAAGUUGAAAGGUGAAAAAGAUUGGCAGAAAUAUGAAACAGCUAGGAAACUUCAUAAGUGCAUUGAUAAAAUCCGAGAUACAUAUCGUCAAGACUGGAAAGCUAAAGAAAUGCGUGUGCGUCAGCGUGCUGUGGCGUUAUACUUCAUUGAUAGACUGGCAUUGAGGGCUGGUAACGAAAAAGAUGAUGACCAAGCUGAUACUGUAGGUUGUUGUUCACUUCGUGUUGAACAUAUUGAAUUGCACAAAGAGAAAGAUGGUAAAGAAUAUGUGGUGGUGUUUGAUUUCCUGGGUAAAGAUUCCAUCAGAUACUACAAUGAAGUGCCAGUGGAAAAACGCGUAUUUAAGAAUCUCGAACUGUUUAUGGAGAACAAGAAAGAUAGUGAUGAUCUUUUUGACAGGCUUAACACACAAACAUUGAAUGAACAUUUGAAGGAGUUGAUGCCUGGAUUGACUGCCAAAGUCUUCCGUACUUAUAACGCUUCUAUCACUCUUCAAAGGCAACUUGAUGAGCUCACAGAUGCAGAUGCAUCUAUACCUGAAAAAAUUCUAGCUUACAACAGAGCAAACCGUGCUGUUGCUGUACUUUGCAACCAUCAACGUGCAGUACCUAAAGGUCACUCUAAAUCCAUGGAAGCUCUGAAGGAAAAAAUUCAAAUUAAACGUGACCAAGUUGAUGAAGCAGAGGAAGAUUUACGCGAAGCAACCAAAGCAGCUAAACGUGGAUCUGUCAAAGAAAAGCUGAAUGCUGACAAGAAGAAGAAAGCCCUGGAACGUCUAAGAGACCAGUUGAAGAAACUAGAACUGCAGGAAACUGACCGUGAUGAAAAUAAGACUAUUGCUCUUGGUACCUCUAAGCUCAAUUACCUCGAUCCUCGUAUAUCAGUAGCUUGGUGCAAGAAACAUGGCGUACCAAUUGAAAAGAUCUACAACAAAACACAACGCGACAAAUUCCGUUGGGCGAUCGACAUGGCCGGCCCCGAAUACGUGUUUUAAGGGCGUAAAUUAGCAAUAGCUAUGUAAUAUACACUUUAAUAUGUACGUUUAAAUUUACAAACGUUCCAAUGUAUGUAUAUUUUAUUUACAUAACGGAUCUAUGAACUUCGACAGUUUUGAUGUUAGUGGUAUUGAAAAGUUAAAAUUCAAUAUUUGGACCCAGAAAUUUAAAAUAAUUGUUCCUCCCAAUUAGGAUCCAAAUUAGAAGUCUGAUUCUAAUUUAUUUUAAUUAGAUAAUUUAGUUUGCUUAACACUUGCUUAUAGUUUAGGAUAAGUAGUAGUGUAAUACAGGAUAGUAUUAAGAAUUGUCUUGUACAGAUGCAGUCUUGCUAUAUCUGUUUCCCCACUCUUAAAUAAUAAUCAUCUGAUUCGCGAAAUAUAAUUUCAGUAAGUAAGUAUUAAAUCAUAAGAGUGGGCAAUUUAAAUCAUUAUGGGAAAUAGGUUGCCUACUUUAUAUUACGGUUAAAAUAUCAAAAUGCUGUGAAGUUGAAAGAGAGGGUAAUCAUGUGGUUGUUUGAUGUAUUUGCACAGUUCUUGAUUAUAAAUACACAGAGACUGCUUUACUACUUAAAUUUGACAAUUGGAAAUGACGAAAGCAAUAGUACGAGCUGUGUUUAUUUUAUGCAUAAGACCGAUAUUCAAUGUCGCAAAAACGGAUGUAAAUUUACGAUGGUCUUUUGUGCACAAUGUGCAGUAGUGAAUGUUGUAAAGUAAGAAAUACAUGUUUAUUUUAUUUUUAUAAAUGUAGAAUCGAAUUGUGACGAAAGUAAAGCCGUCAAUGUUUCGAAAGGUACAAUGUUAUAGGUAAAUUUGUAAUAUUACAAUUAUGUGUGCAACUUGUAAAUAGUAAAUUUUUACCAUGUCAUACAAUAUUUGUGAAAUGAGAUUAUCCAAGUAAAUAAAUAAAACAUUGACACUAGAA